UCCGGCUCCGCAACGACACAAUAUAUUUAUGCUUACGUUAAAAGUCACGACUCUGCAAAAAAUUCGAUGGGGAAUUCAAAUCAGAAUCAUUCGAAAAUUGUAUCUCAGAGUUGUACUGUAAAUGGCACUUCCGACGAUGACAUACAGGCCAUAGCGUCCGACUGGGUAUGGUAUAUUACACUAGCCGAAUACGGAAUUGCUAUUCCAUUUAUUAUUUUCGUUGGACCUAUGGUAGAUAGAAUAGGACGGAAAAAGAUUUUGCUAUGGAAUUUAACAGUUAUGGCAAUUUCCUUUGCAAUGAAGGCGGUAGCUAUUUACUUUGAUCUUAAUUUGUAUUACUUUUUAUUUGGAUUUGCAGUUGAAGGACUUUCUGGUACAUACAAUACUUUCCACAUUGCAAGUGUGUCACUGUUAGCAGACGGAACAUCAAAAGGAAAAGAAAGAACGAUUGUUUUAGCUAUAUAUGAUGCAUCACUAGGAUUUGGAAUUUUCUUUUCUUAUAUAAGUACGGGAUAUCUGAUAGACUUUGCAGGUUAUAUGUAUCCUUUCGCUAUUUCAGGGGGGAUUAUUUUCUUCUUAGUAAUUUUAGUGGUAUUCACUUUAAAUGAGACUUGGAAAAAAAAUGAAGAAACACAAAUGUCAAUAUCUCCCGGAGAAAUAUUUUCCUGGUGUACCAGAAGUGAAAAUAUAACCCGCAGUGUAAAUUACGUUUUGAUGUAUUUGUUAAUAUUCUUUAUUAAUAUGAUGUCACUGUCUGCAAGCAGCUCUAUAAGAAUGAUAUAUACAUUGAGUUCACCAUUUUGUUGGUCUUCAGAAUAUAUCGGUUGGUUUAGUGGUUGCAAUGAUAUUGUAGUGUUUGUAGGCGGAACAAUAAUUCUUAAAGUUUUACAGAUAUGCUUCAAAAAUAUUACAGACGAAUUGAUUGUAUCAAUUGGUUUUGUGUCCUCUAUCGCAAGUUUAACAUUAUUUGGAUUAUCGAAAAAUAACUGGAUGUUGUAUGGAGCUGCAGCAGCUGGUAUUUUGAAAAUUCUACCAAUACCGUUAAUUAAAGCCAUCUUAUCCAGAGUUGUACAUCCAGAUAAACAAGGAGCGCUGUUUUCUAAUAUAUAUCUGAUAGAAACCGUAUGUCAAGUUUGUGCAUCUACCUUAUUCAAUAACAUCUACCACCUAACAGUAACAUUCUACAAAGGAUUCGUAUUCUUUGUAAUGGCUGGAUUUCCCUUAUUAGCUCUCAUUAUGAUGAGGAUAUUUAUAAAGUGUGCGAAAGUUGCAUCAAAAGAUCAAACCGAGAUAGUCAUCGAAAGACCAAACAUUCAAAAAUCAAAUAAGUCAACUUGACAAUUUAAAAUAUUUCUCCACAAUAUUUCUUAGUAGAAUAAAAAGAUUGAUAUUUCAUAAUUAAACAAAUUUCAUGUGGCUGGUGUAAACCCCGAAUUUAGGUAAAGGGAACCGAAAGACCACCAACUUCAAAUUAUUGGAUUUAAAAAAAAAAAAAUUUUCUAAGGAAAUUUUUUUCAACCAGAUUUAUAUUUUAAUUCUUCUUGGUUCUGAGCUAUCAGAAGAUAUAAAGGCUCGGAAAUGUAAUAUUUGUUACGUCAAUCAAAAUCGUCUUAUAUAAUGUUAUUUGGUUAACUUCUUGUGGCCAAUAUGUCAUGCUUAUUUAGAACAAGAAAAAAAAAUAACCGUUUUAAUAGGUAGGAUCCAUUUUCCUAUACCCUAUCAAACCAUUAGUGUCCAUGUCUAUUUGAAAAUAACUGUCAUUAUAGUAGUAAAGUGCUAAUAUUUAAUUUGACACCCUAGUGUCGGAUACAUUAUUGGUAACAUAUCAUCUAGACUUUUAAUUAAUUGUAUUUUUUUGCCGGAAGUGGGAAUGAUAUCAAGUAAAUUAAUUGCCAUCUACAAAGUCCAUGUGCAAAAAGGAAGAUGACUACUUUUGGCAUUUUUAAUUCAUAUUUUUUUAUGUAUUUGUUAAAUGUCACCAAAAACUACUUAUCUGUGAACAAGGUGAAAACAAAUCCUGUUCUUUUACCAAGUCAGGAACCUCGUCAGCGGGUGUCUUGUAUCAAAUCCUAAUUGUUUUUCUUUUAUUCUUUUGAACGAUUCUAAUGGCAGAUCUUUGAUAGUAAUGUUUAAUUUAUUUUCAACUUUAAAAAAUAAAGACUUGUGACGAAUUCGAGCUAGUCUGUCCUCUAGAUCUUUUCUGAUUAUUUUUGUCGUUGGAUUACUGUCUCAUUGGGACAAUAUUUUAUUCAU